AUGGCAGACGGCGAAAUCACCGAGAUGCAGUAUGCGGAGUACAACGAGCCCGUCGCCCUUGUCAGCUGGCCGCCCGAUGGCGAGCCCAUGCUGAACCCUCCUACACAAGGGGCCGUGGAACAGGGGCAUCUAUUGGGCGAAGGAGCGAUCCUGAAGCGUGCAUUGAGCGUGAGGAGGUUGUUCGCCAGCCGAAGCGCAAGAGCGAGAAGGAUGCUUCAAACCACCACCGGCUUGAAAGUCUCGCAUCCGCUCUCCGCCCUCCUCGUCCUCCCUUCUACUGCGCCCUCCCCAGCUCCUUUCGCCAAAACCGUGUCGCGGGCAGCCGCGCCGGCAGCUGUGGCGCCGGAGUCAAUACCCUCCGAGGCGGCCACACCCUUCCCCACCUAUGCUCUCUCGAAUGGUAGCCGUCACGCCCACGCCACUGCGCCCGGCACACUUGUUGGUCCUCAGAUGAACGGCGGCGCACCGGGGAUGCAACUUCCUGUCUAA